AUGACAAUGAGCAAGCCGCCCAAUGUGGCCAUCAUCGGGGCCGGCUUAGCAGGCUUGCGAUGCGCCGACAUCUUGAUCCAGAACGGCGCACAGGUAACCAUCUUCGAAGCGCGCAAUAGGGUCGGAGGGAGGGUACAUCAGAGCAAGGUCGGCGACCAUCUGGUAGAUAUGGGCCCUAAUUGGAUUCAUGGAGCCGGAAAGAAUCCGAUCCUUGAUAUUGCGAAUGCAACUGAAACGGCGGUGCAUGAUUUUGAAGGGGGUCAGCUUGUGCUUACAUCUGAUGGGGACGUUAUGGAUGAUCGAGUUGCUGAGAAGAUCUCGGAUAUCUUGUGGACGAUCAUUCAGGAAGCGUUCAACUAUAGCAACACCCAUCAAGAUGACAUUCCAGCUGAGAAGAGCCUGCUUGAUUUUAUCUGCGAGCGUCUUGAGAAGGUGGGCCUGAGUGCGGAAGAGAAGAAGUUGGUCAUUGACUCUUCGAGACUUUGGGGCGCAUAUGUCGGAGACCCCGUCGACAAGCAGAGUCUGAAGUUCUUCAACCUGGAAGAAGCAAUAGAUGGAACCAAUUACUUCGUCGCAUCAACAUACAAAGACAUCCUCAAACAAGUCUCAAGCACCGCUCUACAACACGCAGACAUCCACCUAAACCAACCCAUCACCAAGAUCGACUCACGACCAGACACUCAAGGCACAAGCAACCGUCACAAAGUCACACUAACCACUGAAUCUGACGAAAGCUACACCUUCGAUGAAGUCGUUGUCACUUGUCCCCUGGGCUGGCUCAAGCGCAACAAGUCCGCCUUCACCCCGAAACUGCCUCCACGCCUUUCCAGCGCCAUCGACAAUAUCUCAUACGGCCGUCUCGAGAAGGUCUACAUCACUUUCCCGGAAGCAUUCUGGCACUCUGCAACGGGAAACCCCGUCUCCCUGCCUACACUCACCGGCACGGCUCCAUCCCAACCCACCACCAACGGCGCCAACGGACACACCAACAACCUAAACUUCGCCCACUUCCUCAACCCCUCCUACCACGAAGACCACCCAGCCGACAUCCCCUGGGACCAAGAAUGUUUCUCCCUCGCCUCCUUCCAGGGGAAAACCGCCCACCCAACCCUCCUCUUCUACACCUACGGCCCUUGCGCCUCAUACAUCGUCGACAAACUCACCUCCCUAUCCCCCACAAACCCUCAAACAAAUACAAACACAACCACAACCACAACCCCAAACAUAGAAGCCCACCCCCCCUCAACCCCAUCCUACAACUUCCUAACAACCCUCUUCCACCCCUUCUACUCCCUCCUCCCAAACUACACCCCCACAUCCCCCUCCUGCACCCCGCUCUCAAUCCUCGCCACGCGCUGGCAAUCCGACCCCUACGCCGGCAACGGCAGCUACGCCAAUUUCCAAACGGGCCUGCAAGAAGGCGACAAGGACAUUGAGGCGCUGCGCGCCGGCAUGGGCAUUGAGCGCAGCGUGUGGUUUGCCGGCGAACAUACGGCGCCGUUUGUAGCGCUGGGGACGACUACGGGGGCGCUUUGGAGUGGGGAGAGGGUUGCUAGGGGCGUUUGUGAGGUCGUUGGGCUUGGGUGUGUUGGGGUGGAACGCGUUGGGAGGGAUGAUAGUUUGCCUAGUGCUUGUGCUUGUCGAAGGGGUGGGGUGGAGAACGAGGUUAAGUAA